AUACAUUCCAUUGUAUUAACGAUAACAUCUCUUUCACUUCCUUCAAAGCUCGCUCAUCUGAAACCACACAUUCAAACUAACUCUGAAAAAACUGAGCAGAGGAGAGAGAGAGAGUAAGCAAACAAAUGUCCAUAUCCAUGGCGUUAUUCUCCCCGCCGAUCUCAUCGUCACUUCAAAACCCUAAUCUCAUUCCCAAGAUCUCAGUCUCUCUCCUCUCCACCAAGCGCUUCUCUCUCGUCUCCGUCACUCGAGCCUCCUCCGACAACGGUACGACCACACCCGCGUCGGCUUCAGCCUCUACAACCACCGUGGAGAUUCCGAAGGUCGUUGCAGAGAAAGCUACGGUAAAAUCUCCGGCGGAGAGCUCCUCCGCCUCCAAAAACGGCGCCGUCGGUGGCGAAGAGGCUGAUCUGGCCACUACGACGGUAAUCAAAUUCCAGGAUGCGAAGUGGGUUAAUGGGACUUGGGAUCUGAAACAGUUCGAGAAAGAGGGGAAAACAGAUUGGGAUUCUGUAAUCGUUGCUGAGGCAAAGAGGAGAAAAUGGCUUGAAGAUAACCCAGAGACAACUACUAACGACGAGCCUGUACUCUUCGAUACCUCGAUUAUUCCAUGGUGGGCUUGGAUGAAGAGAUACCAUCUACCUGAAGCUGAGCUCCUCAAUGGUCGUGCUGCGAUGAUAGGGUUCUUCAUGGCUUACUUUGUGGAUAGCCUUACCGGAGUAGGACUUGUGGACCAAAUGGGAAACUUCUUCUGCAAAACGCUCUUGUUCGUGGCUGUGCUCGGAGUUCUUUUCAUCCGCAAGAACGAAGAUUUAGACAAACUCAAGGGUCUGUUCGAAGAGACGACGUUAUAUGACAAGCAAUGGCAAGCGGCAUGGAAAGAGCCAGAUUCAGACAAGUGAACAGACCUCUCUCGCUUUUGUUUCCCUUUCUUAUGUGAUGUUUGUGAUCAGUGAAAAGUCCCAAGAUGAUUUCUUUAUCGUAUUACUGAUUUCGAGAUUGUAAUAUUCUGGCUUUUAAAACUCUCUCUAUGAAGUAGUCCCAAAGAAAAUGUAGAGAAACUAAGGAUUGUCCUUCACUUGUAAACCAGAUCUCUUCCAUUGACUCUUGAAAUGAACUUUUUUUAUAUAAAAAAAAACACCAAUUAUCUAGUUACUAACAUGGCUCCCAUAAUAAAAGAUUUAAAUUU